AUGACACCAGGCACUGGUAAAAGAUCUUACCACCUUUCCACUACUCACACCAUUUCCAGUGACGGAGUCGGAGAGCCCAAGAAGGCUCCAUGUGUCGCAUGUCACGAGUCAGGAAGUGAUUGCGUUCUCACCAAGACACGCCGUGGGGGAAACUUUCGGCACUACCGAACUGGAUCACAGACGGCUGCUGCGAACGUUGAUGACACUGCCCACACAUAUACAGAGAAUAUUUCCAUUCCAAUAGAGGCAGAGUCCCCCGACGACGGAAGAAGCGUUUCGAGAAAUGAUUCCGGCGAUCUAUUAGCAAUGGAGCUCAGAAAUCCCUCUGACGCUCUACAUAUUCUGGCGUUUUCGGGCGAUCAGCCGCCAGCGCGCCAUUCGUCCAAGAGCCCAAAUGCCCCAACGGAUCCUGUGGUUUACGGUAGUAUGGAUACGACCUCGAGUCUGUCACAACAAAGUCAACUGCAUACUCAGUCUACAGUCACGAUUUUUGAUGAUUAUGAGCUUGUUCAAAGGGGUAUACUGCGGCCAAGCAUCGUUUCCGAGCUGCUACUCAAAUAUUCCCGCUACUACCACCCGUACUGUCCAAUCAUCCCACCAUAUUUGCUACGCUCCUCGAGCACAGUGAAGAUUCAGAAACCAGACUGUUUUCUUCUGACCUCCAUCCUAACCAUAGCAUCAAGAGACGAUCCUCAACAUUCGCUUAUUCACCGCUACUGUUGGGACCAUAUACAACGCCUCUUGGUUGACGUCCUCCUUGCCCGUUCUUGGACACAAACGCCGAGAACUGUAGAGGGCCUUUUAAUUCUAGCCGAAUGGCUACCCCAUAUUGAAGUACAGGAAACAAACUCGGGAACACCAAAGAAUCUGUUUAGCGAAGACCGAACGGCUUGGUCCCUCCUUGGUCUCGCUGUACGGCACGGCUACCUUCAGCGUCUUGAUCAAGGCGCCUUCCGAAAUAAGAAGGGUAGUGAGUCGAAAGAACGAGCAGAUCAAAAUAGGCUUUUGUGGGCGUAUAUAUUCAUGGCUGAUAGGCAGAUAUCAGUUCGACUUGGUCAGUCCUUCUGGUCACGGGGCCCUUCGCUUGCUGCCAAAUUUACAGCUCGGGAUUUCCCAACUCUCCAGCCAUGUCCAGAGAAUGGUUCUGAAGAUUAUGCAUCCCUUCUUCAGGCGUCCAUGGAGCUAGUUCAGAUUCUACACAAUGCCCAUGCUAUCCUCUACUCUUCCAAGGAACGAACACUAGCAAUGGUCUACGAAGGUAAUUAUGCGCGGUAUCUCGACGAUUUUCGCAUCGCCGUGACAGCUUGGCAUUCGACUUGGUCGGGUUUAGCGGUGUCUUCGAGUAUCAAGAGCACUCUGCUUAUCAUGUACGAGUACAUUUCUCUCUAUACGAACGCAUUUUCUUUCCAGGCUGUCCUGACGCGGUCGUCAGACCCCCAAGAAUCGAAAACCCAGCAACAUCCAAGUAAGCAUUCGCUAGAAGGGCUGUUAUCGAAUGGAAUCAUGGCGUCCCCCGAUGGUCGCUACAUUUUUGAUGCUAUCAGCGCAGCUAUGAAUCUACUCGCUCUCAUAAACGGUUUGGAUCCUCAUCGGGUCAUACGUUAUCUCCCAUCACGUUACUACUUGUAUGGAGUCUACGCCGCCGUCCUCCUCCACAAAGCCGACUGCGCCGGCGCAUUUCAAUCACACGACCGACGUCAAGAGGUGACCAGCCUUGCACGCGACUUCAUGUUCUGCCUCGAAAAAGCCCCCUCCACAGAAGUGCAUAUCUGCCACAGCUAUAGUCGGAUGCUCAAACAGCUAUGGACUGUCCGGGAGCGAAGGACAUACCAGUCUUCCGCACAUAUGCCACAGAGCACAAGUAUGGAAUAUCUUCAUUCCCAACGGCCGACUGUUCGGGACUACGAGCAGUCAACGUCACCUGAUAACUUUAACCCAUCGGAGUUGUUCGACUCAUUUCCUGGGGGAGAUGUGACCGCGGCUUUCCCGUCUAUUGAGGGCUAUUUGCUGGGGUCGUUUAUGCCGGGUCUUGCGGACUUCAGUAGCCCUGGGCUUGAGGAUGAGUUUUCCCAGCAAUACUCAUUUGGUCAAGGAUUUCAGGAUUGGGGUUCAAGUUUGUAA